AACGCCAUUAUACCAAAGAGGAAGAAGGUUGCAAGAGCAAAAUGGCAGCCUCAAUUGAGAGUUUGUUCGUUGAAAUAGCAAGCCUUGAAGAGCCUAUUGAAGAGCUGCAAACUUUAAAAACGGCCGUUUUAUCAAUACCUGUAAGCGCCCUUAGGGAUACAGUGAGUGGACUCCGGCUUGAAGUGAUUUUCUCUCUUUUGAACACAAAUGACAGAGAGAAAAUUGAGCUAUGCGUGGACAUCCUUGGUCGAAUCCUGCUCGCCCUCAGCCCUGUCCACCUGGCCCAAAACUGCAGAGUGGAACUUCAGGCUGGACUGAAACAUCCUGAUGACACAGUCAAAAUACUGGCAUUGACACAAAUUGGUAGAAUGGUAUUGAACCAUGAGGCAGUAACAGAAAUUCAGAACAACCAAGACAUACUUCGGGAAGUGAUCCACUGCAUCAAAGGAGAGAAGAUGACAGUGGCCAAAGAGGCAGUACGAGCUCUUGCCAAACUUAGCCACUCAAAAGCUGGGUUAGAUGCUCUAUUCAGGAGCGACUUGCUGAAAGACCUCAAGGAUGUGAUGGCUACAAGUGAUAUUGUCAGAUACAGAGUAUAUGAGCUGAUAGUGGACAUAUCGUCUGUCUCUCCUGUCUCCCUGGGUUACUGUGCCAACAGCAGCUUUAUUUCCCAGCUACUGGGAGAGCUGACAGGCGAUGAUGUACUGGUCAGGGCUACAGCCAUUGAGAUGGUGACAACACUUUCCCACAGUCAGCAUGGGCGCCAGUACCUGGCACAGCAAGGCAUCAUGGAUAAGAUAUCCAACAUGAUCACUGGAGCAAAAUCAGACCCCUUCUCUAGUUUCUACCUGCCAGGGCUGGUGAAGUUCUUUGGGAACCUGGCCAUCAUGGACAGUCCCCAGCACGUGUGUGAGACCUACCCGGCUUUCCAGAACAAGGUGUUUGAGAUGGCCAUCGACCCAGACCCUGUUAUGACUGGAGUGGCUCUGGACACCCUGGGGGUCCUGGGCUCCACUGUGGAGGGAAAACAAGUCCUGCAGAAAACAGGUGAGAAGUUCAAUGCUGUGCUGAAGAGAAUGAGCCAGCUGGCCAGCGGUGGAGCCACCGAGCUGCGAGUGCGCUGUCUGGAGGCCAUCUCACUCCUAAUCACUCUGCAGGCUGAACAGCAGACAGAGGACCUGCUGGUUCUAACAGAGUCCUGGUUCCAUCUGCUGUCUAACCAGCCUAUGGAGAUGAUCCGGAACAUCAGCAUCCAGCCCUUCCCUGAGCUCCACUGUAGUGCUCUACGUAUAUUCACUGCCAUCGCUCCCCAGCCAUGGGGUCAAAGGUUAAUGAUUGGCACGCCAGGGUUCAUGGAGUUCAUUGUCGACCGUUCGACUGGUCCGACCAAGGAAGCGAAGGAUGCUAAGUUUGAGCUUGUGGGUGCGCUGGUGAGCUCUUCCACAGCAGCGGACAUCUUGGGUAGCCAGCACUACUUACGCCUGCGGUCCUACCUCCGAGAGGGAGCGUACUAUGUGACCGCUGUGGCAACAGUGACCACAGAGGGAGCGGACUGAGAGAAAUGGGGAAAAUUUCAAAUUACACGUUAUUCCCAAUAUAGUACACUACCUUAGGCCCUACUCAAAAGUAGUGAGCUGUAUGGAUAGUAGGUUUAACUUGAGACUGCUACGAGACCAGGACCAACGAGACUCAAUUCCUGUUAUUUUAUUAGAUCGCCUGAGAUGCAUUUACUGUUACCUUUUCUAAGUGGAAUAUUUGCCCUUAUUAAAGAGGAAGCAUAUUGAAAAUGACAAUCCAAUAGUUUUAUGAUUUUUAUAUCACACACUUUGCAUAAGACAGACUUUCCAAAACAUUAGGAACACCUUUUGCACUCAGACCAAACUCAAUUCGUUGGCAUGGACUCCACGAAGUGUCAAGUGUUCCACAGGGAUGUUUACUCCAGUGCUUCCCACAGUCAUCAAGUUGGCUGGAUCUCCUUUGGUUGGUGGGCCAUUCUUGAUACGCACGGGAAACAUUUGAGUGUGAAAAACCCAGCAGCAUUGCAGUUCUUGACACUCAAACUGGUGUGCCUGACACCUACUACCAUACACCAUUCAAAGGCACAUAUUUUUCCUUGCCCAUUUACUCUCUGAAUGGCACAAAAACACAAUCCAUGUCUCUGGCUCCAGACUUAAAUCCUUUAACCGCCUGUGUACUCUUUCAUCUACACUGAUUUGAAGUGCAUUUAACAAUAAGGGUUCAUAGCUUCCACCUGGUCAGUCUGUCAUUGAAAGAGCAGGUGUUCCUAAUGUUUUGUAUACUCAGUGUACCUACAGGCCUUUUCUCAACUCCUCUUCUGUAUCCCAGAAACUGAUGUGGUCACCAUAUGUAUGUGAAUUAAUAGGUGAACGGAGGCAUUUCCUCUCCUCGAUUGCCGCCUCCAGCGGAGGAUGCUCAGAUGUAUCCUAACGCAGAAGAAUUUUCAAAAUUAGCCUGUGACGUGUAUUUCUUAGAGAUCCCCAUUAGCUGCUGCUAUGGACAGACCAGAGUUCUCCCUAUCUUAGCUACUAUUGAUUCAACAUGUUUUGACCAGAAGUUUACAGUCCAGUGUUACUCCAAGCAGUUUCGUCACUUCAUAUUACUCAAUUUCCACAGUCUUACAAUAUUUAGUUGAGGUUUAGUGAAUGUUUUUCCAACAUGUAGGACUAACUUAUUCCUUGCCACGGAUUCUGCAGCUCUUAAGUGCUCCGGUUGCUGUAGUAGCUGUGUAUAGUGUUGAUUCAUCCGUAUACAUAUACAUUUUCUCAAAGCCAGAUAUAUAUAUA